CUUGUCGAGUAGAUUGAGUGUUGGUGUGUAAUAUCCAACUUCUGGUGUGUAAUAUCCAGAGCCCAAGGAUCUCUUCUUCGGUGUGUCAUAUCCGGAUUAGAUAUCUAGGAGUAUCAAGAGAUCAUCCAUCCCUCUUGUGUCACCAUUCGAUCCACUGCCUUUUUAGAAACUCGAGUCUCUUGAUUCGUUUCUGCAAAGGAUUAUCCCAUCUGUUCCAGAGCCUUCCUAGGAUCUUGUCAAGUGGUAUCAGAGCAUCUCUGGAAGGGAAGUGUUCAUCUUUCAAUCUGAUUUUCGUUUUCACUGUUCAUGUAUUUUGCAGAAAAAAAAAUAAAAAUUCAGAUCUGUGUUUUCUUGUGUUAAAUCUGUUAGAUCUGUUCAUAUUCUUGAUUAGUUUGAUCAGAUCUGUGAUAUUAAAAUCGAAAUCUCUUAAAUCAAGGUUCUUUGAUCUGAUUUAUGUGUUUAGACUCUUCUGAGAAAGUACCAUGGCAGGAGAUCAGAAAGGACAACUCACUACAGAUGAAAAGCUCUUACUGAAGGCUAUGAAUGCUCAACUGCAGCAAAACAUGAAGCCCAGCCUUGAUAAAUUUCGACAGGAGUUUAGACAGGCACUUCAACAAGCUACUGGUCCCAAUCUUGAGUCUAGAAGCAGUGAGAGGAGACAGAGACGUGGGUAUGAAGGCAGAAGCAAUCACAGAGAUAAUUUUGCUGAUCAAAAGCUGAAAAUUCCUCCUUUCUAUGGUGAUGCUGAUCCUGCUAUAUAUGUGGAGUGGGAAGAGAAGCUGGAGUUGAUUUUCAGUAGUCAAAACUAUGCUGAAAGAAAGAAGGUGCAACUGGCUACUGAUGAGUUUUAUGGUUAUGCUUCAAGCUGGUGGAAUAAAUUGAGAAAGUCCAGAAGACUUGAUGGAAAAGAACCAGUGGAAACAUGGCUUAAGCUGAGCUCUUUGAUGCGUAGAGAGUAUGUUCCAAGACAGUACUACAAAGAAGUACUUCAAAGGCAGAAAAGAACAAGAAAAGAAGAAACCAAGAUGGCUGAUUAUGAGAAAGAAAUCAGCAGCCUUGUUAAGGAGAUUCUUAAGACCAUCAAGCCCUUAGACAAGCUGAAGAAGCUCCCAAAGAAUCAAGAACCAGUUACUACUGUCUCAGAACUCAAUGAUGCAGAAUCAGACUCAGCUGCCCCAUUUCAAGAAGCUCAAACCGAAACAUCUUUGGUAAAAGGAAAGUUUGAAAAAGGACAAGAGUUUUCUCUGUUCUUAUCUCAGUCUGAAUUUAAUUUUAAUAAUUCCUUUGAUGAACUAACUUGUCUUGAACCGGUGCAACCGAGUAGAAUUGUUUCAGUGUCACAGGUUGCAAAAGAAGACUCAGCAGAGAAAGAACCAGAACUGAGAUUUUAG